CGCAUGUUUUUGAUUAAGAAAAUUUAAAUAUAUUUAAAAUAAUUAAAAAUAAAGCAAAUAUAAAAUUCAUAAAUAAUGUCUAAACUACAAUUAUUAUAUUAUUAUCAUCUACAACAACAACAACUGCUGCUUAACAUUAUUCAUCAAUUGUAUAAAUAACUGUAACUAAUAUAAAACAAAAAAAUUAAAAAAAAAAACUAUUUAAACAAAACAACGCUCUCAUUAUAAAAUAAUUUCUAACCCUGGCUGUUUACCGCCUUCUCUAAUCCCCUCUGCUGCUGGAAAAUUGGCUUUUUCUGCAAAAAAAAAAAACUCAUUUAAAAAAACGACGUUUGGCGUUUAAAAACAUCAUGCAUAAAACUAAACUAAAUAAUUUAACAACAAAUAACAAUACAACAACUGCAUUUAAUACAUCAACAACAACAUCAUCAUUAUCACCCAACUCAUCAACAACUUCAUCAUCAUUAACUUCUUUGAAUAAUACCACAACUGAUGAUCUACAACAUUCGCUGCAGUCUCAUCAACGUCAUCAACAACGUGCCCACCAUCACCACCACCAACAUCGCCAAUAUCAAAAACAACCCAAACAACAGCAACAACAACAACUACCACAACAAACUUCUACUUCAAUAUUAAAUUCAUCAAUUGCUUCAAUUGAUCUAGAGCAAUACAUUGAAGCAAUGGAGGCACGUAGCACUGCUAGUGAACGUAAUCCGGAAGCAGAUGUCUGGGCCCAGCUGCAACAAAAAGAAUCUGAUAUCUUGCUGGCCGCUGAAUUGGGCCAGGCACUGCUGGAGGAGAAUCAAGAGUUGAAAAAGAAACUGGAGAAGGAAAUUAAAGAGAAUUCGGCAAAAAUAGAGGUAAGUCAAAAACUACAAUAUGAUUUUUCUUUAAUUUUUCUCUACCAUUUCCCAAGACGGCCUUUAUUUGCAUAAACUUGAAGGUCUCUUCAGUAAUUUUGUAAUUAUUACCCAAUCCCCGUGAUAAAGCAAAUUUUGUAAUAUUGUUCAUAAAAAAACAAUUAUGUUUUAAUUUUUUAUAAUUAAAUUUUGAAAUUUUACUUGCAAGAA